UCUGUUGAGUCCGUUUUUAAAAUAUUUAUUUCAAAGCACUCUGAGAACUUAAACACUUAAUGUUUUUUUGUUUUUUUUUUAUUCAUGCUUCAGAUCUGUGCAUGAGACUAAAUGAUGGAUUUCUGGUCUGAGAAUCAGGGGCAAUCACAUCUAGACUCCAGAUGUGGUACUGUUAGGAGAACCUUUGCACACAACUACCGUGACCGACAUGAUGCAGCGCUUUAUCCAUUGUACUAUGAAGAGCAACAAGAUCAGGGCAGGGAGCCCAGUUACUGGACUGCAGUGGGAUCAAGAACCGGAAGAGCUAUGCCCGAGUACGCCAAUUGGACAGACCCAGAACUCACCUCUUCUUCUCAUUUCCCUUUCAUUCUGGACCGCCAGACUCAGCACCAUCAGGACCUGGGAGAGUAUCAGCAGCAACACGAGGCCCGAGCCAGAGAGUGGACAACAUCUCACAGACCCCCGAGGGACUAUGAGAGAGGAAAUCUGAAUGAGAUGUGGCAGAGGAGAUUUGAGCCCAAUAGUCCUAUCCGUUACAACAGGGAAAGUUAUCCUAAGAGAAGUGGAAGCAGCUAUAGAGAGCUGGAGGCUUGGGCAGCUAGAUAUAGUCACUCGCUGCCGAGAAGGAAACGUAUAGAGGCAGAGUUACGGGGAACCCCCCGCGGGCAGGUGGAGGGCUGCAAGACUCUAGAGAGGGACAGCAGAAGUGGGACGGAUCCUCAAGGAGCAGCACUGCAACAUGUCCAACAAAUUCCAAACAGCAGAGUAUCUGAGGUGUUGGAAAGAGGGGACAGACAGCAAGCUCCAAGUUACCUUCCCCAUCCAUCACAGUUUCCUACUCCUGACAUAGGCCACAUGGUGGAUGUGAAGGAAAAUAUUGGCCUCCAAAGGAGGAUGUACAGCCAACCUCCUGGAUAUAUUGCUCCUCCUCCCUACAACAGCCCACAUAAAAGUUCACCUUCAGUGCACCAGUGGGACACCAACUGGGAGCAGGGUGGUAAGGGGCAUGCCUACUGGUCACAGCCAAUGCUCAGAAAGCAAGAUGCCACAGGAGAGGGAGGAGAAUUUGCAAAUCCAGAUGAAAGCAUAACGUGCAUAGAGACAGGGUUGAUGCACCAAAGACAGGAGGCAAGUGUCUCAACAGCAGCUGGUCCAAUCGGUGAAUGCAUGUUGGCUCUACAAGAUCCACAAGUAGAUCAGAAUUCAAAAAUAAACCAGGAAACCUCAAAGGUUAUUGAAGGAAGGAAGUUCAGACUAAACAAAAAGUCAGGUGGGAUGACUAUAUUCUGCCUGGUGUCGCGGAUAGCAGACACAACAGAGAGCCCCUCUUUGCCUCUAUGCAACUCCCAAACAAACAUUCAAAACAGAGAAGUAGACCACAUUUCUGAAGAACCUGGGGACAGUGGGGACCUCAGCCAAAUGUGCAAGCUUUCAGAUGAAGUGGACAUAGGAGCACCAACAAUAAGAGCACAGUCAGAUACUCAUGAUGUGAGAUCCCUCACUGCCACACAGACAGAUUUAAUAACCUGUGAAGGACAGAAGAAGUUUGAAGACAAAUCCCCAAACAAAGCUGAGAAUAUUUCCACUGAAAAACCGAGUAGAAACAGUGACAGUUCUACAUCUGGGAGACAAAUUGGUGACUCAGAGCACCCUGUGCUGGUCAAAUACCCGUUGUGGAGGGAGCCUAGUUCCACCAGCAGGACUGAAACCGAGAGUUCAACCACAUGCAGUUUGAAAGCAAAUGGAGAGGAAGAAGAAUCAGAUGGUGCGCUGAACCAACACGGAGAUCCUCAUAUAAGUAAAGAAACAAAUAAUGAGAGAAAACCACUGGACAUCAAGGACUCUGAGGACAGAAAAGCUCUUCUGGUUAUUGACACAACAUGUGUGGUUGUUAAAGUGGAGAUGAUUCCAUCACCCCAAAAAGAGCAUGUUCACUAUUUAGACUCAACGGGAAAUGCUGAAACCAGUCAGUUUCAUGAUCAAACAAUCAUUUCUUCUGAAUUAACUGGCCAACUGAAUCAAGAUGUGACAACUGACCAUAAUACAGAUGCAACCUUUUUGCAAAGAAAAGAAGGCCAUGAACCACGUCUAGACUCAACUUUUUUAGAGAACGAAGAACAUACGGGAGAAAUGGAAGUUUCUCUGUCAUGUGUGGUGCCACCUCCACUUUUUGUCAAAGAAACCUCUGAGGAGCGUGCAAAAAGGAUCUUGGGAAUCCCUCUCCAUGAUGACAUCAUUGAGCAGGAACCUACAGAUGAAACAACAUGUCACGAGUCAAAUAUUGAGAAGCAGGGUGAGGAACCUGAACUCCCUCUGACAGAACAAACUGUAGAGGACAUGAUGGAUGAGGGAGAGUCACUGAAUCCCUUGCAGGUUGUCCAAGCAGGGGAAGUGGCAUGUUUGAAAGACAGUAAUGACAUGACACCGGUGAAUGAAGACACCGAAGGCCUUGCUGAACCUCAGGAUUAUGUGGAACACAUUCCUGAGGAAAAUCAAAUUGUCUCUCAGCUCAGGACGGACAACGAAACUACAGCUCAAACUGAAGCAACUGAGGUUCAUCAGCUUGAAUCUGCAAUUGAAAAAUGUAAAAGUGAACAGCAACAAUAUGAAAUACAACCCAUUUACAAUGAGUCUUCUCAACUUCCUGACCCGUUUCCUUCUUCUCUUCCCCCUCCUGAUCUCACAUUUCCUUUGACUAUCUCAGAUUCAAGCACACAGGAAAGUCCUGAUCCUGAAUUGCUUGACCUUACUGUAGUUACAAACCUCAGUCCUUGUCCUGACACUAAUUAUUUGCACCAGCUACCAUCUCCUCUUCCCUCUGGAUCAACUGUCUCGCCCUCAAACUCCUCUCCACAUACAGACCAUCUCCCAAGUCAUCCUCCUCCUCCUCUUGAUUUGACCGAUCCAACGGCUGAUACAGGGUCUAUCCCUGAGGACAAAGAGGAUGAAGCAUCACUUCCAAAUGAAAAUGAGCUGAGCUGUGAGUUUUUUGCCACAGACAUGUCAGAGGAGGUGGUGUCAAAGCACGCAGCUGAAUGUCAACAGUCAGACAGCACCGCCUGUGACACUGCUGAGCAACACAAUCCACAAACAGAAAUCGGUUUAGGUCAAAGAUUAGACACAUCAGAAGACAAACAUAUAGAUGUCACCAUUUUGGCACAACAUGGCCAAAAAGAAGGUGUUGCUUUUGUAAAGGAAUGUGAUUUAAUUGAAGAACAGCCUCCUGAAGAAAGCAAAGAGGAUCUUACACAUCUUUCAGGUCAGACACCUAAAAUGGAUGAAGAACAUAUAAGUGAUGGUCACGCAGAAGACAACAUUUCCCAACGACAAUUUAAUUUUGGCCAAGAUGAGAAUGUUUUUUGUGAAAAAGAGAGUGGCAUGAGUGAAGACCAAUCACAAGAAACCCCAGCUGAGCUUGUUGGAGAUCUCGGAGAGCAGACACUUGGAAAAAACAGAAAUGACGAUGCUAAGACUCAAAUAGAAACAAGCUUUUUUAAAGACCCUGAAGCACCGCCAGAAUCCUGUAAUUCCUCUCCUCCCCCAGUUUCGUGCACUGAAAUGUCCCUUUUGGAUGAGCUCUCACUCUCAGAGAUUCCAUCUCCCCCACACACACCUCUUCAGCAAGACACUGAGAUUGUUCCUCUUUUGGACGUGGGCUUAAUCUGUCCUUCAUCUCUGACGCCAGAUGGUGCUGUUGCCGGAUUCCUGGAAAUUGUCCCUCCUCCUCUUCACCUGGAUUCCUGUGAAGAAUCCAUUCAGCUUUCAUAUGCCCCCCUCUCUAAUUCACCCCCACCUCCCCGGCUCCACGCCGGGCUGGCCUACGUGGCUGAGCCUGUGCAGCCUCCCAGCCUCACCCCUCCUACUCAUGCUGAAGCAGCUGCUCCUGGCUUCCUCCCAUCUGCUGUACACAAAAAGGAGCCCCAGUGUCCAAAAUCGCUUUGGGACGUGGUAAAUCGUAUAAGGAAGCACACAGCACCUGACUCGGAGAAUGAAGAAGAGGAAGUGAAUGAGCUGUGGGAUCCAGAGAAUGUAGGAGAAAACUUGAGCUGCCCAGCUGUAUUGGAUGAUGUGAACAUCAACGGAGAUGAAGCAGAGCAGCAAGUGGUUUUAGAAGAAACAGAUGAGGGGAGACACUUCCAACAGGAUCAAAAAGAGUUAGUGGAACAUAGCGAUGAAGAUGCGCUGUCCUGCAGCAGCAGCACCAGCCACGGCUCUGAAGACACCAUCAUUGUGGCAGAUGAAAGCACAGAUGAUGCCAAAACAGGAGAGGAGAGUCAGGAGUAUGACAUAGCUGAUGGAGAGAUGUUCUGCUCUGGUGAAGUGAAGGAUGAAGCCACAGAUGAGGAAGGUAAAGCGGAAGAUGAGGCAGACACAAAUAAACCUGGCCAGAGUGAGCAAUGUCCAGGGGAGGUGGAGAACGUAGAUCAAGUCAAAGGUUGAGAAUAUAUACAGGUGGACAAGUUUACUAAAUCAAAUGAAUGAAUGACAUCACUGAUCCGACACAUCAAGCUAACAUAACUAACACACUGAAAUUUUAUUGUCAGUGUUAAAAAAUAAAUAAAAUUAUUUUUUUUAAUAUUUAAUAUUGAAUAUAACACUACAAUAUCUCUAAAAGCUCUAUUUAUGUUACGAAAUCAUUCUUGACUGUGUUGUGCUGUUGAGUUCUAUCUGCUGUUUGUACAGGGAAGAAUGGUGUAGAAAUAGAAAAUCAUGUAUUAAUUGAUAUGGUUUCAAGGUGCAGUGAUAUUUUUUUGGCUAAACUCAAGCCAUUGGAUUGCAUUGAAUGUAAAUAAACAUUGGUUUGCUUUCAGGAAAAAAAUGAAUUUCCUCCUGGAAAAUAAAAAUGUUGUCUUUUGAAGACUUAUCGCAGUAUUGUGAUAUACUCACAAUCUGUCCAGGGUGCACAUCACCGCCAAAUGACAGAUGGGGAAGUCCGGACCCAUUGUGACACUACGGACCGGACGAAGGAGGCUGAUGUUUUGUUUCCAAGCUUUUCUUUAAUCAACAGCUUCUCAAAAGUCACACUUGCACUGAAAGGGAACAAUUUAGGGAAGGUUCUUAGAAACAAAGUUCUGGAAAAGAUAUUUAAGAAAGAAGUUACUCAACAAUGAAAUAAGACAUUCUGAAAAACGUACAUUUUAAAAAAAGAAUUUUCCCAUAAUGUGCUCCCUGUCAUUACAGUUUAUUUUAUUUGUAUUCACAAAUUACAGCAGG